GUGUCUCCACCACCACCCCCCCCGUAUCUCCCCCAGCAUCUCCCCCCCGCCGCGUCUCCCCACGGCGCCAUGGUGCACGCGAAGCCCUACAAGGGGCAGGACUACGCGCGUCUGCGGCGCGCGUGCGCCUCCCGCGGGGACCUCUUCCGAGACGAGCUCUUCCCCGCCGGGGAGACGGCGCUGUCGCCCGCGGGGAGCGCCGGCGGGCGGGCGCCCUCGGGGCGCGUUCAGUGGAAGCGCCCAAAGGAGCUGUGCGAUGACCCGCGUCUCUUCGUCGAUGGCAUCAGCGCCCACGACCUGCACCAGGGCUCCCUGGGGAACUGCUGGUUCGUGGCGGCCUGCUCCUGCCUCACACACAGGAAGAACCUGUGGACUACGGUGAUCCCCGACCACGAGGACCAGGAGUGGGACCCGGCGCACCCCGAGAAGUACGCGGGCAUCUUCCACUUCCGCUUCUGGCGGUUUGGCGAGUGGGUGGACGUGGUGGUGGACGACUUGCUGCCCACGCUGGACGGGCAGCUGCUCUACUGCCACUCGAACUCGUCCAACGAGUUCUGGUCGGCGCUGCUCGAGAAGGCCUUCGCCAAGCUGUGUGGCUGCUACGAGGCUCUGGACGGGGGCAACACGGGCGACGCGCUCAUGGACUUCACGGGGGGCGUCUCGGAGUCGGUGGACCUGCUGGAAGGGGCCUUCUCGCAGCAAGACGACGAGAGGGACAAGUUCUUCAACAUGCUGCUCAAGGCAUACAGCCGCGGGGCGCUGCUCAGCGGAUCCAUACGGGCCGUGGGCUCGGCGGAGAUGGAGGCGCGCCUGGGCUGCGGCCUGGUGAAGGGCCACGCGUACUCGGUGACGGACGUGCGCCGCGUGCGGCUAGGCCAAGGCCUGGUCGCGUUCUUCCGCGCGGAGCGCCUCAACAUGAUCCGCAUGCGCAACCCCUGGGGACAGAAGGAGUGGAACGGGGCCUGGAGCGACGGCUCCGAGGAGUGGAAGAAGGUGAGCAAGGGAGAGCGUGAAGACAUGGGCGUCACCGUAGCAGACGAUGGGGAGUUCUGGAUGACGUUUGAAGACUGGUGCAAGUACUUUACAGACGUGGUGGUGUGCAGGAUCAUCAACACGUCGUAUUUCACCUUGCACAAGACCUGGGAGGAGGUGACGCUCAAGUCGGCCUGGGUGACCGAUGAGAACCCCCUCAAGAACCGUGCCGGGGGCUGCAUCAACAACCGCAGCACGGCGCUGCAGAACCCACAGUUUGUGUUUGACGUGUGCAAGGCGGAGGACAUGGUGCUCGUGUGCCUGCAGCAGGAGGACCGGCGCGAGCAGCGCACGUCCGGGCGCAGCGGAGAGAACCUCGCCAUCGGCUUCGACAUCUACAGGGUGGAGCGCAAUCGUGAGUUCCGCAUGCACGCGUUGCAGCAGGAGAAGGUGGCGAGCUCCGUGUACAUCAACUCGCGCAGCGUGGUGCUGCGCCAGGAGCUGGCGAUGGGCCGCUACGUCGCCGUGGCCACCACCUUCGAGCCGCGCCAGCAGGGCCGCCUGCUGCUGCGCGUCUUCACCGACGUCGCGUCGCGUUGCAGGGAGUUGGUGGUGGACGUGCCACCGCACACGUGCUGGAGCGGCAUCGUGGGCUACCCCAGCCUCGUCACCAGCCUGCACCUGAUCAGCGCCUCCGGGCUGCCCCCAGGCUCCAGCCCCUACGCCGUGAUCCGGAACGAAGGCACCAAGGUGCGGAGCCGGCCCCACGCCGACACGCAGGAGCCCGCCCUGGACACCAAGGCGCUGUUCUACCGGCGCAAGCCCGACCAGCCCAUCGUGAUCGAGCUGUGGAACAAGAGCUGCGUGUGCUCCGAGUUCAUCGGCAAGGUGUCCGUGCCGGCCACGCUGGGCGACCUCAAGAGCAGCCACAGCAUGAGGCUGCAGGGCAGCGACGGCGGCGGCAGCAGCGACCGCGGCAGCGUCCUCAUCAGCGUCAACUCCAGCGACGACCUCGUGGCCAUCUGAGCCGCGUGGGGUCACGAAGGGUCACGCGAACGUAGAGCCCCCCCCCCCACCACUAACUGCCCCCAUUCCUCCCCCUUUCCCACCAUCCCCAUUCCCUUCCCCACCGCCCCCCUUCCUCACCACCCCCCCUUCUCCACCAUGCCCCCCUUCCUCACCGGCACCCCCUUCCCCGCAAUGUCCGAUCACAAACGAGGGGGGCCGGACGCCCCCCUCGUUUUGUGCUCCGUGUGAACAAAGCCUCCAGCAUAUUUCUGUAAUGUUUUUUACAUCGUCUCUUCUUGUUUACCACAACAUCCCGCCGGCCGUACCCGACAGGCCCUCGCUGUGGGGGGCAGCGCGUCGCUUGGGUCAGCGUGCUCGGCGUCGCGCCGGUGGUGAGUGCCAGCGAGGCACCUUCCUGGCCGGCCCCGGUCGCCCGCAGCGGCCGUGUUGUUGGGCCGCGAGGUCGGCGUCCGUGCGGGGAAGGCCGACGCGCUGCCCUCUUUGGGCCGCAUCGUCAAAACCGCGGCUUUCCCCUGCGAGUUUUUUUUGUUUGUUACAUUACCGCUAGAUUUGUUGUUACGACCAACUCGUUUUUAUUCUAUCUGGUAAGGCUCCAGCGAGCUACGCUCAGCUCACUGUCUCGUAAUCGACGCGGCCGUCGCCAAUGAUGGCUGCUCGAACGUAGCGGCGCAUCUUUCGCCGCGCGGGAAAUUAACAGCAGCAGCACCAAAUACGCGACGUCAACUCUAAACGUGGAGGGAGAACCCGGAGGACCCGGAGGAAAAAUCCACGCGACCACGGGGAGGGAGACGCGCAAGCUCCAAAUAUACAGCAGCAGGCAUCGUCAGGGUCGGGAUCGAACCCACGACCUCCUGUAUACCAGGCGAGGUAGUUAACAUCUCCUAGCCUCUUCCCCCCUCUUGCUUGAGUGUGGUCGCGAUGGCGGUGAAGUUGGCAUGAGCAGCGCAGUGGGAAUGGGAACGUGGAGGUGGCCCUGUGGAGCCCGUUCCUCCUCCUGCUGCAGCAGCAGCAGCAGCAGCCCACGUUCACUGACUUUCUCUGACACUCUCACACU